AUGGCAGCCGCCCGCCCCCUGGUGGCGGUGCAGGGCCUCGAUGGCAAGGCCACCGAGCAGAUCGCCCUGCCCGAGGUCUUCCUGGCCCCCAUCCGCUCCGACAUCGUGCAGACCGUGCACACUGGACUGGCGAAGAACAAGCGUCAGGCCUACGCUGUGUCCAGCAAGGCCGGCCACCAGACCGCCGCUGAGUCCUGGGGAACCGGUCGUGCCGUAUCCCGUAUCCCGCGUGUGCCCGGUGGCGGUACCCACCGCGCAGGCCAGGCUGCCUUUGGCAACAUGGUCCGCGGCGGGCACAUGUACUCCCCCACCAAGACCUGGCGCCGCUGGCACCGCAAGGUGGCGGUGAACCAGAAGCGGUACGCGGUGGUGUCGGCCCUGGCCGCCUCCGCGCUGCCCGCGCUGGUCCUCGCCCGCGGGCACCGCGUGGAGAACGUGCCCGAGGUCCCCCUGGUGGUCUCCAACGCGGCUGAGUCGCUGACCAAGACCAAGCAGGCCCUGGCCCUGCUGGCGUCGGUGGGCGCGCUGGAGGACGUGAAGAAGGUGGAGGCGUCGCGCAACCUGCGCCGCGGCAAGGGCAAGAUGAGGAACCGGCGGUACGUGUCGCGCAAGGGCCCCCUGGUGGUCUACGCCAACGACUCGGGCAUCACCCGCGCCUUCCGCAACAUCCCCGGCGUGGAGGUGGCCUGCGUGGACCGGCUGAACCUGCUUCAGCUGGCCCCCGGCGGGCACCUGGGCCGGUUCAUCGUCUGGACGCAGGCCGCCUUUGCGCGCCUGGACGCCGUGUUCGGCACCACCUCCACUGCCAGCGAGCAGAAGAAGGGGUACCGCCUGCCGCGCCACGUGAUGACCAACGGCGACCUGGCGCGCCUGAUCAACUCCGACGAGGUGCAGAGCGUGGUGGCCCCGGCCAAGCCCGCCGGCAAGCACGCGCCGCUGAAGAAGAACCCGCUGCGCAACCUGGGCUCCAUGCUGAAGCUGAACCCCUACGCGGCCGCCGCGCGGCGCGCCGAGUUCCGCGCCUCCGCCAAGAAGGCGGGCAAGAAGGCGCGCGCCCCGGGCACCAAGGACACCGCCAAGGCCUUCUACGGCAACAUGGUCACUGACUCCGACUACAUCGGCGAGCAGUACGAGGUGUUCUCCGCCUGGCUGGGGGCGGAGCAGUGA